CCGGCGCUCGCGCCCGCCGCUUAGCACUCGGGCGCCGCUCGCUUCUCGGGGCAUCGCGGAAAUAUCGCCGCAGACGGACACAAUGGCGGCGACUGCCGCCACCACGGCCGCCACCGCCGGCAAGGCCGUCCGCAGCAGCAGCAGCAGCGCCGGCACCGUCGCCGCAGGCACCAGAAGAUUGCAGCAGCCGCCACAGCAGCAGCCUCAGCCCGCGGCCGCCGCGCCGGCCCAGCCGCCGCCGCCGCAGCCGCCGCUGCCGCUGCCGCCGCCCGAGCCCCCCAGGAAGACGCGCAUGGACCCGCGGCGCCGCCAGGCUGCCCUCUCCUUCCUCACCAACAUCUCGCUGGACGGACGGCCGCCGCUGCAGGACGAGGAGUGGGCCGGCGGCGAGGAGAGCGGCGCGGCCAAGCCGGGCGCAGGCAGCGCCUGCGGCGCGAGGACGCGGCUCAGCCUGCUCGCCGCCGCCGAGCGGGGCGGUUGCGGCGCGCUCGCCGCGGCGGGCACGGCGGCGGCGUUGGCAGCUGGAUCGGGCCCCUGCCAUCCGCCGCCCUCGCCGCUGCCGUCCCUCGUUCCCGGCGGCCACGCGACCGUGCUCGGCCCUGGGGCGGCCCGAGGGUUCGCGAGCCCCCUGGGCGCGGGCCGGGCAUCGGGGGAGCAAUUGCAGCCGCCCCGGCCCGCGCCUCUCGCCGCCUGCGUUCAGCCGCAGCUGCCCGACGGGCCCGGGGGCGCCGGGCAGGAGGAGUUGGAGGAAGACGAUGCCUUUACCAGCGUGCACGUGCCGGCGGCCGCCUUCUUGGGCUCCGGGACCCCCGGGAGUGGGAGCGGUAGUCGUGGCCGCCUCAACUCUUUCACUCAGGGAAUCCUGCCGAUCGCCUUCUCCAGGCAGACCUCGCAGAACUACUGUUCCCUGGAGCAGCCGGGCCAGGGGGUCAGCACCAGCGCCUUCGAGCAGCUGCAGAGGUCCCGACGUCGCCUCAUCUCCCAGAGAUCGUCCUUGGAGACCCUGGAAGAUAUUGAGGAGAACGCUCCUCUACGGAGAUGUCGUACUCUCUCAGGUUCGCCCAGACCAAAGAACUUUAAGAAGAUUCAUUUUAUCAAGAAUAUGCGGCAACACGAUACCAGGAAUGGCAGAAUAGUCCUUAUCAGUGGCAGAAGAUCCUUCUGUAGUAUAUUUUCAGUGCUGCCGUAUCGCGACAGUGCCCAAGUUGGGGAUUUGAAAUUGGAUGGAGGGAGACAGUCAGCAGGAGCGGUGAGCCUGAAAGAGAUCAUUGGCCUGGAAGGCGUGGAGCUGGGCGCUGACGGGAAGACUGUUUCUUAUACCCAGUUUCUGUUACCCACGAACGCCUUUGGAGCGCGGAGAAACACCUUAGACUCCACGUCCGCCUUCUCCCAGUUCCGUACACUGAGCCACCGCAGCCUCUCCAUCGGCCGGGCGAGCAGCACCCAGGGGAGCCUCGACGCAGGUAGCGACCUGGGAGAGUUUAUGGACUAUGACCCGAAUCUCCUGGACGACCCCCAGUGGCCUUGCGGCAAGCACAAACGAGUUCUGAUCUUUCCUUCGUACAUGACCACGGUGAUCGACUACGUGAAGCCCUCGGAUCUCAAGAAGGACAUGAAUGAGACCUUCAAGGAGAAGUUUCCUCACAUUAAGUUAACACUCAGCAAAAUAAGGAGCCUGAAGCGAGAGAUGCGGAAGCUUGCCCAGGAGGACUGUGGCCUUGAGGAGCCCACGGUGGCCAUGGCAUUUGUCUACUUUGAGAAGCUCGCCCUCAAGGGAAAGCUAAACAAACACAACCGGAAGCUUUGUGCCGGGGCGUGCGUGCUCUUAGCAGCCAAAAUUGGAAGCGACCUCAAAAAACAUGAAGUCAAGCAUUUAAUUGACAAGCUGGAGGAGAAGUUCCGGCUGAAUAGACGAGAACUGAUUGCCUUUGAGUUCCCGGUGUUGGUGGCCUUGGAAUUUGCCCUUCAUCUGCCGGAGCACGAAGUCAUGCCCCACUACAGACGCCUGGUCCAGAGCUCCUAGCACAGGCCUCCUAGGAGGGCCGGGACCACUUCCCCUGAGCUCACUGGGGCAGCGCGUACUACUGGAAAUGCAAAAAUAGAACUCAACACAGCAAACUUUUCUCCACUCGACAUGUUUUUGUGUAGAAGCAGUACCAGAAACUUUUCAGGGAGUCUUCCAUCUGGCCAGCUGAGAUGGGCUGUGAACCGUUUACUGCUCAGCCAGGAAGGGGAGACCCGAGAAGAAGAUGGCUCUCCCAGCUCUCCACUCACCAGAUUUCCUAGCUGGCCUCACCCAGACUUCCUCGCGACCACACGCAGACCUGGCAGGCGUGGUCCAGGGCCUUCUCUCCAGCCCUGUUCCAACUCGGAGUGCAAAGUUCUAGAGCAGAUUGGGGAAGAGAAUUUGCAGAAGUUGGGAGAAAGCUUCUAAAAGAUACCCUCAGUGUGUCAAAAGAGCGUGCCAACCUAUUUUUGUAUCCGCUGUUGGAAGUGCACUUUCCUCUGGAGCGUGUGGCUGAGUGUGAGAGUGUGUUUGAGAGAUGUCACAUCAGGCCUCCACCCGCAAAGCCAGCCCCACCCUCUGCAGAACAGACCUCAGCCUGGGGUCAGGAGCCAGGCUGACCCUCGGCAAUUAUUUCUACAUAAUCUCUGGAUAACAGUCACUCUGUCCGUACCAGGUGGACAUCUUCUGCCCUUAGAAAAUGACAUUGUUUCUGUUACUGCUCCUACCACCAAUGGGACAAAGAAGACAAGCUCUCACUCGGAUGGGCUGCGUGGAAAGGUGUGGCAUGUGAUGUUCUAUACCGUUCCGCCAUCACGUCCUGCGUGUACACGAACCUGCACACUUUCCCCACUGUGGAGAUGGUGGGGUUGGGAUCCGUGGUGUGUAUUCUUGUGCUCUAUGUUAGAGUGCAUCACAGGCACAUUUAUUGUGCUACCUGUCUAUCUACCUAUCUAUAUAAAGUGUUUUAUAAAAUCCACAUUAGGGGUAAGACGCAUGAUUGGUGUUUUGAGGCUUUUGACAGUUGGGACAAACUGCAUCGAGCUGAGGCUGAGUCAAUCGAAGAGGCAACAGCUCUUAGCAUCACCAUGUCCCCAGGGCUGUUAGUGCAGAGUUUUCGUUGCUACUUGUACCGAUUCACUGGGACAACCUGUAUGGAGGCACCUCAUCACUCUGUUCCCUCGUAGCUGCAGGAGAGAGGUGCCCACUGUGGUUCACCGGACGGAAGGAAGCCUGUGGCCCUGUAAAGAGAGAAUUAAAAUAUUUUAUUGUUUCUAUACCCACGUAUGUGUACGUGUAGACGUGUGAAGUCUCACCAGUCACCCUCGCCCUGCAUUAUAGUUCAUCUGCCACCAUCCCCGCCUCGAUCUCACACACAGAUUCGGAGCUUUGCAAUCACCCCAGAGAAGGGGCGACGGGGUACCGGGCUUCAGUCAGCAGAGCUUGAAAGAAUCUGACAGUCACAGGUUGGAGGAAUUCAAGGAGUGGCCAGGGGGAGAGCAAACAGGACCCAGAGGAACAGAGUUUAGUCAUAAAUAUUUUGCUAACAAAUCUCCUUAGCUGGAUUCAGUUGUGAGAUGAUUUUGUUGAGGGGUAUGAUGAACGCGAUCUCUUGGGCUUGAUAGAUUAAUUACUAUUUCUGGGACACCUACUGUUUAUGAGGCAAAUUGGGAAAGAAACAGGAAGUGUUCAGAAUGUCUCCAUCACCUGAAUAUAACCCGCCCUUGACCUUCCUCUGCUGGUGUCUGUCACCUGCUUCUCCCUGAUGAGCCCCCUGGUUCCCAGCCCACUCAGCUCCCCGGUGAGGGCCUGGUGGGUGGAAAGCCUCUCAGAGAUGCGAGGCCACUGGCAUCUAGAAAUUGUAGCUCCCCGCCACCCAUCUGCCUUGAGUCUCCCGCCAAGCUCAGGGGAUAUCCAAUAGGUGACAGGGGCCACCGGCCCAGAUGUGCGGAGGGCAAUACCCUGCGUCCUGCCUGUGUCUUAAAAACAGGCUCAGGUUCUUGGGUUUGGGGCAGUUUGGUUUGGGGCAUUUAUGAGGUGGACUUAAGAAGUUGUGGGUCCAUUUUGUUAAGACAAUUUAAACAUCUAUUUUGACCUGUGGGUUUGUUACGUGGGGAGUUUAUGGGUUUUAAUUCAGUUGGGAAGGAGGCUGAGAAUGAAAGAUUUUGUCCAGAGCUCUCCUUUUCCUUGUCCAUCACACGAGCUUUCUGAAGGAAAAGGGGAAUGAGGCGGAGGCCAGGGCACCAAGGUCACUGCCGGCGCCUCCUGGGACGUGGUGACUGCCAGUCACUUCCCAGCCUCGGGCUUUGGCAAGGAGUCGUGGAGGCAGCCUGUGCCUGUGAGGAGAGAAGGCGGCCGCUCAGCAGACUCUUCUAGAAGACCCCGAGGCUCUGCCCUUCCACCGUCCACCACAGCGGCAGGUUUGGACCCCUUGCAAGCCCUGCUCCCUCUUGGGCUGCCUGAAGCCUCUGCAGUUCUCAAGGCCAAAGGUCUGGGGAAGCCCACGCUCCUCGGGAUGGCAGGAGCCACCCCACCUGACUUGGUUUCCCCAGACUGGCCUGGUGGACCGGGGGUGUCUCUCCUCUGGUGCCCUGACUGUGAGGUCAGGUUAGAGAUGGAAAGCAAGGAGCAGCCGGCCUGGUGGCAGCUGCCCUGUCCCCAAGCAGUGGGCCCGCUGUGCGCCCUGCCCGGGCAGGAUCAGUCCCCAUCCCCCAAAGGCCUGGAGGCCUCAGGCCAGUGACAGUAGAGGUCACUCCUCUCCCUUCUUUCCCCCCAAUCAAACCUGCAUUAAAGCAGGACAUCCACACCAAAGGCAAAGCUGUUUGUUUUCCUUGGUUUUUUUCUCCUGACCCAAACUUCCUCUAUUCUUUUGGUGGCCCACCCAGCACACCCAUUCUGGGCCUCCCCGUACUCCGCACAAACCACUGCGUACCACGGGCCCCUCCGUUCCCGCAGCAGCACAUAGGUCUGUUUAUCGCCCUACCGCUGAACUCUUUCUUAGACGUUUCCGGUUCAGUGCAGAACGGCCGGCCUUCUUGCCUCCGUUGCAAUCUGCCUGUGCAGAGGAGGGGUAGGCUGAAACAAAGCAAUGUGAGCCAGGUAGUUUUGUUACCUGUUAAUUGUUUUCUCUAUGUGGGGCGGAGCGUCCCGGGGCUUCCCUGCCCCAGGGACAGCCUGAGUUCAUCUCCUAGGAGCUGUCGGGAGCGUUUGGUUAAGGACAUUGCUGGCCAGGUCCCAGCAGGGCCAGGUAGAGUGUUGAGGACCGGACGAGGGAGGAAACAUCAAGGCUAUAUAUUUGGAGUCACAUAUUGUCAGCACCAACUUGAAAGCGUCUGCCAGGAGUGCAAGUGCAAGGCAGAACAAGGCAAAAAUCUAUAAAAGAAGAAAAUAAUAAUUCAAGGGCAUGGUCCUCUCACUGUCAAGGCAGGGAGUGCUCGCUCUGACAGCCCCCAUUGCACAAAGGGCCAUGCAGACUUCUAAAGAGAUAUUCCAGAAAGUCUUUGAACACUGAGCUAGCUGAACCCUGAAGACACACCUGGCAAGGAUGGCACUUACCCGUGUACCAUCUCCCACUACCAUCUUGCUACUCAAAGGGUGGUCUGAGGGCCAGCAGAGUUGGCAUCCCCUGGGGCCUUGUUACA